AGCACUUUAACAAAAACCAUGACAUCCCAUCCCUCAUCAAUGGUGUGCCUCUAACUGGGUGGAGCUUUACGCAAUCCCAUUAUACCUUCUAAUCCAUCUUCUUCCAUCCAACAAUAAUCUAAAGAAUCUUUCUCUACCUUCAUAUAUUCUGCUUAUUAUCUUUUUUUUUUUUUUGCAUUAAAAUUCUCUCUACACCUUCAUCCAACAGUUUUAGUUUUCUCUUUCACUUUCCUCAUCACAUACUUUGAACCACACAUAACAAAAAUCAAUAACCCCUUUUAUCAAACCCCACUUCUUUGUUUCUCUCUAUAACCUUUCAAGUUUCGAUUUUUCCCACUCUGCAGAAUAAUUAAAAUAACCCAGUAAAAAAAAUAAAAGCUUUGCUGGUAUUUUGGUAAUUUUUUUCAUUUUCAUGGGUAAUAUUGGAAGUAGCGGUUCUAACAAUCGUCGGAGACACGGUGGCGGUGGAACUGGCCGGCGAGUUCAUCCACCGGAGACUCCUCCUCCAAUGAUUCCUCCGUUUCCGGAAGCUAAUUCUAACCGAUUCGUUUACAAUGCCGCCACUACUCCGUAUCCUAACUACCCUAAUUACUAUCCUCCGCCGCCGACAACUGUUCGGGCGCCUUUGCCGGCACCGUAUGAUCACCAUCACCGUCCGGCGAUGGACCCGAUGUGGAGCCGGUACCCGCCACCGCCACCGGCUCCUUAUGUGGAACAUCAGAAAGCGGUUACUAUAAAGAACGAUGUUAACAUCAAGAAGGAGACACUGAGAAUUGAGCCUGAUGGAGAAGAUUCCGGAAAAUUUCUUGUGUCGUUUACUUUUGAUGCUACCGUUUCUGGGAGCAUCACUGUACUUUUCUUUGCAAAAGAAGGCGACGGUUGUAUCCUUACCCCAAUGAAGGAAAAUGUUCUUGCACCUGUUACUAUAGAUUUCCAGCAAGGUCUCGGCCAGAAGUUUAAACAGCCAGCUGGAACUGGUAUCCAUUUUUCAAUGUUUGAGGAAUCUGAGUUAUUGAAAGUAGGCGAUAUGGAAGUCUAUCCUAUAGCAGUUAAAGCAGAUGCAUCUUCCAGCAACGAAAAUGGAUCAAACGAAACUCCAACAUCUGGUAACACAAACUCUCAGAUAACUCAAGCAGUGUUUGAGAAGGAGAAAGGUGAAUUCCGGGUGAAGGUUGUUAAGCAGAUAUUGUGGGUGAAUGGAAUGAGGUAUGAGCUUCAGGAGAUAUACGGUAUUGGAAAUUCAGUUGAGAGUGACUUGGAUGGUAAUGACCCAGGAAAGGAGUGUGUUAUCUGCUUGUCAGAGCCUCGGGACACAACUGUGCUUCCAUGUCGCCACAUGUGUAUGUGUAGCGGAUGUGCAAAGGUUUUGAGGUUCCAAACAAAUAGAUGUCCAAUUUGCAGACAACCAGUUGAGAGGCUUUUGGAGAUCAAAGUUGGGCCUGAACCUGCGGAGGAGUGAAGAAAGAUACAGUGUUACUUGACAGACAACAAGCUUCCUGUAUAGUCCAAAUGUUGUUAUAUAGUUAAUGCUUUUCACUUACUUUAAGGUUUUUCCAAUAAUCCAAAAAAAUAGAAAUUGGAAUUUAUUUAUGCAUGACAUUCUGUUUGACAUGGAUUGGUUGGCUGGCAUGGCACCUGACUGUAUAAGCAAAUGCCUCCUCCACCAUGCUUGUUUGAUUUCACUUCUAACUUCUAUAUGGCUUCAAUAUAAUUUAAUGUGUUUCUCACUUGCUAACA